GGACGGCGUUUCCACGGACGCCGAGGAGGCUGAACGGGCGGUGCUGACAGAUCCGGCGGGGCUAGAGGUUUCACUGGUCUCCACCCAGCCCACCUCUGAUUGGACGUUCUCCUCCAGGGUGUUGGUCAAGCGGCUUUAGUGCUUCUGAGAAACUGGGUGAUUUAUAAGAAACGCCUAGGUGCAAGUAAUGCAACGGAAAGCAAUAUAGGAAACCAAAAAGGAAGAGCCUUUCCUAAAAAGGAAACUGAAAGAAAAAGGGAAAGGGUAUUAAAGACCCUGGCCGCACAGGGCAAUCUGAGUUACUCACUGCCAGCGUGGUCAGCGGCCAGCCGUGUCUCCAGGACCUGUGUCGCCGGGCCCACGGAGCACAUCUUCGGGCGGAAACCCUAGUCACCAGCCCCGAGGUUCCAGAAAAUGACAAGCGUGGACGGCAAGCAGGCCGGCUCCCCGCUGGAGCUGUUCAACAGCAUCGCCUCCCAAGGGGACGUGGUGAGGUCCCUCAAAGCCACGAACGCGUCACAGGAGGAAAUUGACUCUGCAGUGAAAAUGCUGUUAUCGUUGAAAACAAGCUACAAAGCCGCCACAGGGGAGGAGUACAAAGCCGACUGCCCUCCGGGGCAGCCGGCAAAUGCAGGGGACAGCCCUGGGGACGAAGAGGAUUUUGUGGACCCGUGGACGGUGCAGACCAGCAGCGCAAAGGGCAUUGACUAUGACAAGCUCAUUGUUCGGUUCGGAAGCAGUAAAAUCGACAAGGAGCUGAUAAACCGAAUAGAGCGAGCCACUGGCCAGAAACCCCACCGCUUCCUGCGCAGAGGCAUCUUCUUCUCACACAGAGACAUGAGUCAAGUUCUCGAUGCCUAUGAAAACAAGAAGCCGUUUUACCUGUACACGGGCAGGGGUCCCUCCUCCGAAGCCAUGCACCUCGGCCACCUCAUCCCGUUCAUUUUCACCAAGUGGCUGCAGGAUGUGUUCAACGUGCCGCUGGUCAUCCAGAUGACGGACGACGAGAAGUACCUGUGGAAGGACCUGACCCUGGACCAGUCCUACGGCUACGCCGUCGAGAACGCCAAGGACAUCAUCGCCUGCGGCUUUGACAUCAACAAGACUUUCAUCUUCUCGGACCUGGACUACAUGGGGUCGAGCUCGGGCUUCUACAGGAACGUGGUGAAGAUCCAGAAGCACGUCACCUUCAACCAAGUGAAGGGCAUUUUCGGCUUCACGGACAGCGACUGCAUCGGGAAGAUCAGCUUUCCUGCCAUCCAGGCGGCGCCCUCCUUCAGCAACUCGUUCCCGCAGAUCUUCCGGGACAGGACGGACAUCCAGUGCCUUAUCCCUUGUGCCAUCGACCAGGACCCUUACUUCAGGAUGACCAGGGACGUGGCCCCCAGGAUCGGCUACCCCAAGCCAGCGCUGCUGCACUCCACCUUCUUCCCCGCGCUGCAGGGCGCGCAGACCAAAAUGAGCGCCAGCGACCCCAACUCCUCCAUCUUCCUCACGGACACGGCCAAGCAGAUCAAGACCAAGCUUGGAGGGCGCAGGGGGGUGGGAGGCCGCCGCGCCCUCCAGCGGCGCCACCCUCUGCUCUGCUUCGAGACGUCGCGGGUGUUUUUCAUGUGCUGGGAACCAGCAAAGCCCCUGCGCAGGGUCCAGCCAGGCCUUCACAGACCCGGCGGGGAGCACCCCGUCCUGGAGACAGCUCUGGGAGGGGCCCAGACCCCAGAGCACCCCUCCUCCUCCAGCCACAGGCCCGCUGCAGCUGCUGCUGGUUGA